AUGGCAGCACCUGGUACAAGAUUCAUCACUCGAUUCGGUCUCACGUUCCCACCGUCUACUUCUACCGGCCGCCCAUCCAAGGAGACGGCUCCGGUUUCUUCUCCCCGGAGGUGCUUAAAGCUGGCCUGCGCAAAGCGCUGGUGCCGGAUCGGAACCGACGAUACUGGCCGGACGGAGAUCGAGUGCAAUGGGAAGGGCGUGCUGUUUGUGGAGGCCAAGGCGGAGGAGCUCACCAUCGACAAGUUCGGCGAUUUCGCACCCUCGCCGGAGUGCAGGCGAAUGCUAAUACCCACUGUAGAUCCUGGUGAAGGGGACGAUGCCAUCCCUCUAUUGCUGCUUCAAGUGACAUAUUUGAAGUGUGGACGGGUGUGCCUGGGCGUCGGCGCGCACCACCUGGUCUCCGACGGCGUCGCCUCCCUUCUCUUCAUCAAUGCAUGGUCCGACAUCACCAGGGGCAUCGAACCCGCGGUGCCGCCCUUCCUCGACCAGUCCCUCGUCCUGCCUCGAUCCCCGCCUUCCGUCCGCUUCCCCCACGUCGAGUUCAAGCGCUAUGCUGCCGGCAUCCACACCUACGCCGACAUUCCUGCCAUCUCAACCGCCAUUCUCGAGCUCACAGCCGACCAGAUCGCAGCGCUUAAGCGCUCGUGCGCCGCGACGAUGCCCUCGCCCCGGCGCGUCACCACCUACGAGGUGGUGGCCGCGCACCGAGACCAGGGUCUACAUCACGACCGACGCCCGUCGUUGCCGGAGGGCUACAUCGGUAACGUGAUAUUCCCGACCGUGGCGAUCGCGGCGGUCGGCGACGUGGUGUCAGAGCGGCCCGGGGACGUCGCGAGCAGGAUCCACCGCGCCACCGCGAUCGCGGACGACGAGUACCUGCGCUCUGCGCUGGACUUCUUGGAGAUGGAGGAGGACGUGAGGAGCCUCGGGCGGUGGGCGGGCAACUUCACGUCGGCGGAUCUUUCGAUCACAUGUUGGACGUCGCUGCCGAUCUACGAGGCAGACUUCGGGUGGGGGAGGCCGGAGUUCAUGGGACCGGCUUCCAUGUUCUACGGUGGCCUGUGCUACAUCAUGCCCAAGCCACCGGGCAAGGACUGGGGCAUUAUGGUGGCCGUCUCAAUGGAGGCGGAGUACAUGGACUACUACAAGGAGUUAUUCUACGACUUCAGCUCCGAUCAGUGCAACGUUUAG